GUGUGUCCCCCCCCCCCCCUCUCUUGUUUCGUUGACUUUAGACUGACGAUGGAGCUCCCUCGGACGAUUAGAAAACGCUUAGAUAACUUUUCUCGCAAUAUUUUAUUUGACCAGAGUUCUUUUUUGACCGAGUUGUCCAAAGGAAACGAGGGAUUUUUGCCUCACGACAAACGGGUUCUCUCCAGCCUCCCACUGCAGAUGUCGUUAUAUUUUAACAUGUGGUUCUUCCCUUGGUGGUGGAUCUGUGAAGCUGUAAUGCUGGAGCUCAAGUAUCCUGCAUUGCCAGACUACUACAAGUUUAUCCUUGUCACUAUUCUGCUCCUGAUGACUCUGAUUGAGGCCAUUAGACUUUAUCUUGGUUAUGUUGGGAACCUGCAAGAAAAGGUCCCAGAGCUUGCAGGCUUUUGGCUGCUCACCAUCCUUUUGCAGUUUCCGCUCAUUCUUUUCCAGCUGCUCAAUGAAGCCAUUCUCAUCCAGCCCUUGGAGAGGGGUGUCCACAUAGUGCUCACCAUAUUCAUUCUAAUACAGGCCGUCUCAGGUUUUUCAGCCCUGCGCGGCAUGGUUAGACACACAGGAAGCCAGUUUCACCUCCACCAGUUUGACUGAUUUUGGAGCAUCCGAUGUCCACAUACAUCACCUUCUAGAGUGCCAUGGCUCACAAGGAUACAACCUUUCUGUACAUCAUCCAAAAGUAAUGACUUUAAAAAGGGACUUCACAUGUAUCAUAUGAAAAAUAUUUUCUUAUCGUUGAUAUUUCAAUAAAAUAU